AUGAAUGAGAUUAAAUCACGAAUAGGCAGUAUACAGAAUAACAAGUAUGUUUUAAUGUCAAAAAUGUUUGGCAAGAAAAGUAAUAAGCCGAUUACUAACGAAGAAGUGGAGGAAUUUGUAUUUGGAUUGUUAAUAUUGUAUAUGAAUCUAUGGAUGAUACCUUUUGGCAUAGUUAUUUUGACAAAAUAA